ACAGGAGCAGUUGGCAGUAGUUAGUAUGUCUUUUAAAAUGAUAUACAUGUCACUUCAUACCAUAGGCAGGCAGGCAGCAGGUAAUAACCAAACACUCUCUCUCUCUUUCUCUCUCUUCACUCUCUCUCUCACUCUCUCUCUCUCUCUAGUUCUAGCUUAUAUUGUUGUCUCUAAUCUAUAAAAGUUAGAUUUUUAUGCUACCUUUGUUGUUUAUGGUUACUACCCAAUUGGUGAAAUUUGGUUUUUUGCUGUCAAAUUUAUAAUCUUGCAUUUGAUGCUCCUCUAGAUACACCCUUAGUAAAAAGCAAAUUCUGCUACUAAAUCCUGUUUCCUGUCGCUUUCAGUUUCCUCAGUCAUUGCAGGAUUUGAGUAGUAUUUGAUGCUUUUGCUCUCUUUCUUUCUUCUUGGAUUCUCAUAGUGUUUCACUUUCAACUUCCCAUCCUAUUAACUGUUUGAUUAAUUGUCUCACUGGAGUUUCUUUCUUCUUCUGAGUGUUUUUCAUUCAAACCAAAGAAACUACUCAUUAAUAAUAAUAAUCCAAAGUUUGGUGGUGGUGUUUUUGAUUGGAAUUGGAGAUUGUUUGUUGUGUUGUUUUGUGGAGUGUGUGGACAAAGGAGAAAAGGGAAUCUGCUUUACUUGCAGUUUGAUGAGCUGUUAUCUAAUCUAAAAAAUCUUAUUGUCUAUGUCAUCUACUUUAUGCUCUCAAACAAGACUGAAAGGUUCACUUUCUUGUCUCAGAGAGGAACCAUUUUCUUUCUUCAUUAUUAUUAUUAUUGAACUAUUGAUAAUAUAUCCUAGGGUUUUUUAAGGGAAUAGGUUGUGUCUGACUAGUUAAGAUUAUAUUCCAUUUUACUUUUUCUACUACUACAUCUAAGGCUAAGCUAUAACACAAUGAGAAGGGUUUUUCUUUUUUUACUUUAACUUCCUCUCAGUCCUAUAAAGCUGCCAAGUUAUUUUGUUCCUUGUUUAGUCCUGCAAGAUAUCUCUUGAGCCAACCUUAGUCAAAAUUCACUUUCCCUUUAAUCAUUUAUAUUCAUUUGUUUAUUUCUUCUUCUCUUGAUGGUUGUGUGAAUCAACCUUCCGAGUCAGGAUUCUUCUAAUCAAUUGAUAUAUACAUUGUGACAUAUAUAUAAAUAUAGGAAGAGAGAUACAUAGAGAAGGGUUAUUUUCUUGGUGUUGAAUUCAGAUGGGUGGUAAGGAAAAUGCCAUGGAGUUUCAACAUGGAAAUGAGAACAUUAUUAUGAAUAGUUCUUGUCCAUCUUCAGAAAUGGAUAUUAGUUCUGUGUCCAAUAUGGGUAAGCCUUCUUCAGAUGCACCUAAUCAGCAUCAUCAUCAUUUCCUUUCUUCUUCAGCUUGGGAUAAUCCACUUGUUUCUUUGAGUCAAGCUCAUACUUUUGGAGGCUCUUCAAUGGUUUCUCACAAUGAAUUUGCAAAUGCUAAUUCAACUUACCCUCUUGUUUUGGAGAAUCACCAAUCUCACCACCUUGUUCAAUACAUGUCUGACUCAAAUCUUGGUGGCAUGAUCCACAAGGUUCCUUCAUAUGGAAGUGGAAGUUUCUCUGAAAUGGUUGGUUCCUUUAGCCAACAUGGUUCUGGUGGGGAUCAUGUUACUAACACAUCAGGGUAUUCAAUUCCACCACAACAACAUUAUAACCCUAUCAAGGAUGCUGGAACCCAAAGGGGUUCAAUUAAUGGUGAGCAAUCUCAAGUUGAGGACUCAAUUCACGAGGAUGGAGGUACAGGAUCUGCACCUAGUGCAAAUAGAAGAAAAAGAGGACUUGAUCAAAAUUCUACUUUCAGUCCAAACAAGAAUGCUGAGGGUGAUGGGGUGAAAGAUUCUCCAAGGAAGAUCUCUGAUGGUCCAAAAGAAAAUGAAAAGAAACCAAAAGUUGAGCAAUUGGGGAAACAAGUUAAAGAGAACUCUCAGAGUGGAGGAGAUGCUUCAAAAGAUAAUUUCAUUCAUGUGAGAGCUAGAAGAGGUCAAGCAACCAACAGCCACAGCCUUGCAGAAAGGGUUAGAAGAGAAAAGAUUAGUGAAAGAAUGAGGUUGCUUCAAGAACUUGUUCCAGGAUGCAACAAGAUAACUGGCAAAGCAGUGAUGCUAGAUGAGAUAAUAAACUAUGUGCAAUCACUGCAACAACAGGUUGAGUUUUUGUCCAUGAAACUUGCCACGGUGAACCCUGAACUGAACUUUGACGUAGAACGGAUCUUAUCUAAGGAUUCACGAAUGGGGCUUGGAAUCGGCGGAUUUAUGCCUGGUAUAAGCUCCUCUCAUCCAUUCCCAAAUGCAAGUUUCCAGGGAAAUAUGGCUGGCAUGCCUAGUUCAUCAACACAAUUCCCUUCUUUGCCUCAGAAUGUUUUGGAUCAUGACUUCCAAAGCUUUUAUGGAAUGGGAUAUGAUUCCAAUACAGCACUUGACAAUUUGGGACCCAAUGGGAGGUUGAAACCAGAGUUAUAGUGUGUUGAAUAUAUAGCCCUGUUUCUACAACAGAAGACUUUGAAAUAUUCCUGUUGGCUGCCCAAUUUAACUGAAGUUGGAAAAAAAAAAAAUAGAAGGGGAAAAGAAGGAAAAUAAAGGUUUUAGUUGUAUAGGAUCUUAAUAUUAAUACCUAACUAUUGGCUCUUCGAAUUUUUAGUAGAAGACGACUUUGUUAGAAAAUAUCAAUUGGAAAAUGAGUUACACAUGUUGUGUGAAUGUGUGUAAAAUCUAGAUGAUUCAGAACAAGUUGCAAGGGUAUUAUUUAUUGAUUGAUAUGGAGGGCAUUACUUAAGGAGCAUGUGAGUGAAGUGUAUGCAACUGUCAUUACUUAUGUGAAAUUAUAUUAUGUAUAGAGUUGCAGGGCUUGGAAUUUUGAAGAUCAUUGUGUUCAACAUUGUGUUUUGGAUUAGGUGAGGUGUGCAUUUUUUUUAAGGGUUUCUGGUUGAUCUUUGUAUUUUUCUUUUGAAAAGAAAAUGUAAUGAAUGAAGAGGUUCUUAAAGUUCAUAUAGGGAUGAACAUGUUGCAACUUGUAUAAGUAUGAGAGAUAUUGAGUUAACUAUUCCCUGGAUGCUUAUGUAUAAUUUUUUUUACGACACAAAGUAAAAUAAAGUCAAAAUGGUUUUUAUUUAA